GUAACGGGACGCUCGAGGUUUAGCUACAGAGGCUGUAGCUCACUCAGCUAAUCUGUGCCCGGAAACAGAAACACACAUUCGACCAACACGGCUUUUUUUCAGGAUAAAAUAAUGGAAGUGACAUUAUCUAUGGAUCCUCUUUUUCUAGCAUGGAGUUAUUUCAGGAGACGGAAGUUCCAGAAAUGCUCCGAUCUUUGCACAAAGGUGUUGGAGGACAAUCCGUUCGACCAGGAACCUCAUACACCACAUAUUUCUGAGGCUGCAUGGAGCCUGAAGACAAGGGCCCUGACUGAGAUGGUGUACAUUGAUGAAGUGGAAGUUGACCAGGAGGGAAUUGCAGAAAUAAUGUUGGAUGAAAGUGCUAUUGCACAAGUGGCACGACCUGGAACAUCACUGAGGCUCCCUGGAACAAGUCAAGGUGGAGGACCUACUCCAGCUAUCAGACCAGUGACCCAGUCGGGACGCCCCAUUACAGGAUUUGUAAGGCCCAGCACUCAAUCUGGUAGACCAGGGACUAUGGAGCAAGCCAUCAGGACACCUCGAACUGCAAACACUGCUCGCCCUGUCACCAGUGCUUCUGGGAGAUUUGUCCGAUUGGGCACGGCUUCGAUGCUAACACAUCAAGAUGGGCCGUUUAUUAACAUGUCCAGGUUAAAUUUGGCAAAGUAUGCACAGAAACCAAAUUUAUCCAAGGCCUUAUUUGAAUACAUCUUUCACCAUGAGAAUGAUGUAAAAAAUGCUUUGGACCUAGCUGCACUUGCUACGGAGCAUGCACAGUUCAAGGACUGGUGGUGGAAAGUCCAACUUGGGAAAUGUUAUUACAGGCUUGGUUUGUACCGUGAAGCUGAGAAACAAUUCAGAUCAGCUCUCAGCCAUCAAGAGUUUGUAGAUACUUACCUUUACCUUGCGAAGGUUUAUCAGCGAUUAGAUCAACCCAUAACUGCCUUGAACCUCUUCAAACAAGGACUGGACCACUUCCCAGGAGAAGUAACUUUGCUGACGGGGAUUGCUCGCAUUCAUGAGGAGAUGAAUAACAUCACUUCAGCUACAGAGUAUUACAAAGAUGUCUUAAAGCAGGACAACACAAAUGUGGAGGCCAUUGCCUGCAUAGGAAGCAAUCAUUUCUAUACAGACCAGCCAGAGAUCGCCUUGCGUUUCUACAGACGGUUGCUGCAGAUGGGUGUAUAUAACUGCCAGCUCUAUAAUAAUCUGGGCCUAUGCUGCUUUUAUGCUCAGCAGUAUGACAUGACUCUAUCCUCAUUCGAGAGGGCAUUAGCCCUGGUUUCCAGUGAUGAUGAACAGGCUGACAUCUGGUAUAAUAUCGGACAUGUUGCAGUGGGUAUCGGUGACUUGACUCUUGCUUAUCAGUGCUUUAAACUAGCAUUAGCAUUUAACAAUGACAAUGCCGAAGCCUACAACAACUUGGCAGUGCUGGAGCUACGCAAAGGACGCAUUGAGCAGGCAAAAGCCUUUCUGCAAACAGCCGCUUCACUCUCCCCCCAUAUGUAUGAGCCACAUUUUAACUUCUCUGUCCUGUCAGAUAAGGUUGGUGAUCUUCAGAGUAGCUACGUGGCAGCCCAGAAAUCAGAGGAUGCUUUUCCUGAGCAUGUGGACACUCAAAAGAUGCUGAAGACCCUCAGACAACACUUUGCUGUGCUCUGAAAUUUUCAUCUCAUUUUUUUCAAAUUAUGUAAUUCGCCACAGUUAAGCAGGCUAUUAACCAUUGCAAGAGAUUAUUCUAGAAAUGCCUACAGAGAUGAAGUUGUCUACAUUUUUUAAAUGUUUUUAUAGAUAAAAUAAAUGAUCUCAGAUAAUAUUUCGAUAGAUAUAAUAAACCACAGUGCAUAUCUGCAGUUUAGGUGGACCUUAUUAUUCUUUUAAAAAUGUUAUAUGAAAUGUGAUCUUGUUUAUUUAGCAUUAAAAAUGCAGUAUUAAAUAAAA